GAAGUUCAGAAACGUCAGCAUGUGCGAGUUAAAGGAAAAGUUCGUGAUAAAAGCCUUACUCACAGGGAUGAAGGCGCGGGGAUGGCGGCCCAAACGCUGACAGCAUUUUUAAAGCUUUUUGCCGCAGGAUUCUAUGGGCUGAGUUCAUUUUUUAUCGUUGUUGUGAACAAAAGCGUCCUGACAAAUUACAGGUUCCCAUCUUCAAUAUGUGUCGGGAUCGGACAAAUGCUGGCCACAGUUGUUGUGCUGUGGGUGGGAAAGGCGCUCAGGGUAAUCAGCUUUCCAGAUUUUGAUAAAAACAUACUUCGCAAGACGUUUCCACUACCUCUUCUUUAUGUCGGGAAUCAAAUUACAGGACUGUUUGGGACAAAAAGGCUCAACCUGCCCAUGUUCACUGUGCUGAGGAGGUUCUCCAUCCUCUUCACCAUGCUGGCUGAGGGAAUCCUGCUCAAAAAGAGAUUCUCUCUGCCCAUCCAGCUUACAGUGUUUGCAAUGAUUCUUGGAGCUUUUGUAGCUGCAAGCACUGACUUGGCAUUUGAUCUGCAAGGGUACGUGUUCAUUCUGCUCAAUGACAUCCUGACAGCAGCCAAUGGGGCGUAUGUGAAGCAGAAAUUGGAUUCAAAAGAGCUGGGGAAGUACGGGCUGCUGUAUUACAAUGCGCUGUUUAUGAUCGUCCCCACACUGCUGCUUGCCCACUUCACGGGGGACAUUCACAAGGCUCUAGAGUUUGAGGGUUGGUCUGAUAUGCUCUUCAUCAGCCAGUUUGUUCUGUCCUGCGUGAUGGGGUUCAUUCUGAUGUACUCUACAGUGCUCUGUACACAGUACAACUCUGCACUAACUACAACCAUCGUGGGCUGUAUAAAAAAUAUUCUAGUGACAUAUAUUGGGAUGGUGUUUGGGGGAGACUACAUAUUCACCUGGACGAACUUCAUCGGUUUAAAUAUCAGUAUUGCAGGCAGUCUGGUCUACUCCUACAUAACCUUCACAGAGGAGCAGUCAAAGAUGCCUUAAUGGAGCAUGCACCUGGCAGGUGAAAUUGAAAUAAGAUCGCCUAUUUGAAUGGUCACUUGUAAAAACAGGUCAGCGUAAGUCUGUUAUUAAGGAGUGCUUGGGGCAUGAAGGUAAAGUCAAACACACUUUAUGGAUUUUAAAUGGGGCUGUGUUUUGUUAAGCAUAUUAUGUCAUGAUUUGUGAAAAGCAUUUUUUAAAAUUGAGGGAUCUCAUAAUUCCUACCAAGUAAACGGUUGAUCUGAUUGUGAAGCAAAUCCUACAGUGAACAAGGCCUUCCAACAUAGGAUGAAUCAGUACUUGGUGUUACAUUUUGUUUCUCUACUCAUUGGCUAAAUUCAUUGGUUCCAUCUGGACGUUCUGACACAGAUACUUUAUACAUGAAGUCAAUUUGAUGCAUUCCACAUUGAACAUUCCUUCUUCGAUUCUCUCUUGAAGCUCCAAGUGUUCUCAUUUGCUGGUUUGUUUUGAACAUUGCACAAAGGACGUGGUCUGAGUUGGAGCAUCCUUAUUGGAGAAGGAACGCAGGAGCUGAAUAUCUGGUCAUGAUAGGAUGUGUGUGGUUCUAAACACUUCUUUGCAGUUAUUUCUUCCUUUUCUAUAAUGGCGAGCUUAGUUGGGCAAAAUGGUCUGUUCUUGUCAUAAUAUGUUAUGUUCUUAUGUAUCUUUCCUUGUGAUACGCAUAUCAUUGCAUUGGUGCCAUUAUUUGUAACUUGUACUGUUUCCAAUGCAGAAACAGUUACAAAGUGUAAUAUGAUGAGGCCUUGAAAGGCAUUGUUCACUGCUAUAGCAUUGGCAAGGGGGGCACCACUAAAUACCACUACCAUGAAUUAGCUAGGUGGGGCCAGUCAAGCAGGUGCUGGAUGCCAAUACAGUUACAAAUUGACAAGUAACCUGUUCAGAUGAAAUCAGUUGACAUGAGCUCAGUUAUUGAAAGAGACUGGAAGGACAAAGAUUAAGACAUUUGAGAAAACAAAUAAUUUAACAAUGAACCGUUUUGGGGGGGCACACUCAGAGAACUUUGGUCAGGAUGCAGCUUGCUUAUGUCUCAGCAGCAGUAAAGCGUUCAGGCAUUGUUUCCAAGAGCACAAUCACUAAGGUUUCACCAACAUUGAGAAGACCAGUUUACACAGAACUGCUCUGAAGAAUCCCUUAGACUUGGACCAGAGGUUACCUUAGGUCACAGAAAUUCAGCUGAAGUGGCCAUUUUCCCACUCACAUCAGAGGUAAUUCUGCAUCGCACAAGCACAACACCAUCUGAAAUGAACCAGCAAUAUAGAGAUGUCUUGCUCGGCUUGCUAGCUAAUUAUUUCUAUGGCUGUGGAUUUAAUACAUUACUUGUAAGGGCACUUUGAAAUUCAUUGAUUAGGUUGUCGAUACAAUGGUACAGUAAAAACAGCAGCCCUCCACACAAAAUUCACUCUCACUCUGUGUUCAUAGCACUGUAUCACCUUUCCUUUCAGACUCCUCCAUGUCAGCUCUCUCCAAACUACAGAAUACUCUGGUUUAAGAUCCCAUGUAUUUUUAAAGGUGUUCUGGUGGUGUGGAGAAACUAAUACCUUUUCAAACAAAUCCACUUUUGUAGAACCUGUAGCGUCUCCAACCAUUGGAACAUGCACUGAAGUCCCAAAACCCCAAUAGAAAACCCCAAUAUAACCCAGAUUAUUCACAAUAAAAACCAACCCCCAAUGUUUUUUUCCAGUGAGUAAUGCCUUUGAAAGUUUUUUUUACUGUUAUUUUAAUUCUAUAUUGGGACAUUUUGAUGAUGUAUUUUCAUUAUCAUAAGUCAUGCUUUACAAAUGUAAUUGUAAAUGACGACAAUAACAAUAGGUCCCUCUGAGUGUAUGGUAAUUUUAUACUGUCAUAUGUUGUAAUGCAUUUUUCCAUUUUUUAAAAUUUUUGGUAAAAAAAAGGGUUGCACAAUUUCAGUGAAUCCUCACAUUGUGCGCCUUAGCCAAAUGUGUUAGACAUUUGAUUAGACUACAAAAAAGUCAGUGAUUACAAAUGGCAUGUUGUCAUUGUUUACAAGUGGGGAUCUUUGACACAUACGACCCAUUGUUGGUGAACAGCUUGAGGCUGGCUCUAAACACAGCUGGAUGCAUUACUGUUUGUAUGAACGGUCUGAGAGGAGAGGACCCCCC